CGUGACACUUCUCCGUGCUGCUCACUUCCUGGUCUCGCCCCCUCCCAGUAGCAAUAGGGGGCAGCACGGGUAGCCACUGGCGCCUGCUGCCGCAGCAGCCCCGGGGCGUCGCGCGCUUGGCGUCCCUGGCUCGCGAGGCGAAUGGAACGUUGCGUUGGGCGACGGAACGUUGACCCGGGUGGCUGCGAGGUUCGGAGCUCGCGCUCGCUGAGCGGGGGUGGCGGCGGCCGCGGGCGGGCUGGACCAGCAGCAGCUGCGGGGACCGGCGGCGGCGGCGGCUCUUGAUGCGGCUCUCUUUCUGCAGCCUGGAAUCUUCUACAUGCUUCUCACACCAUUAUGUAGAAGGAGCUUUCUGAGUUUCAUUUGUAAAGCAGAAGACGACUAUUUUUGAUUCUUUUUCACAUGCAAGUAUGAACAUUAUAACCUAUGAUGAUUACUCCAAUCCACCGCUUCAGAGAUAUUGAGAGGAAACCUGAAUACCUCCAGCCAGACAAGUGUGUUCCACCUCCUAGCCAUAGUUCCUUGGGAGCAAUGUGGUUUAUUCGAGACGGCUGUGGUAUUGCAUGUGCUGUGGUGACCUGGAUGCUUGUCUUCUAUGCAGACUUUGUAGUCCUUCUUGUUAUGUUGGUUCCAUCGAGAGACUACAUUUAUAGUGUGAUCAAUGGGAUAUUGUUCAACAUGUUGGCUUUCCUGGCUUUGGCUUCACAUUUUCGAGCUAUGCUGUCAGACCCAGGUGCUGUGCCCAAAGGUAAUGCCACAAAAGAAUUCAUUGAGAGUUUACAGCUGAAGCCAGGACAGGUGGUUUAUAAGUGUCCAAAAUGCUGUAGCAUCAAACCAGACAGAGCACAUCACUGCAGCGUUUGCAAGAGGUGUAUUCGGAAAAUGGAUCAUCACUGUCCAUGGGUUAAUAACUGUGUAGGAGAGAAUAACCAGAAGUACUUUGUACUGUUUACAAUGUAUAUAGCACUAAUUUCCAUGCAUGCCCUCAUCAUGGUGGGAUUUCACUUCCUGUAUUGCUUUGAAGAAGACUGGACAAAAUGCAGCUCCUUCUCUCCACCAACUACAGUGAUCCUUCUUAUCCUCUUGUGUUUUGAGGCUCUCUUGUUUCUUAUCUUCACAUCUGUAAUGUUUGGGACCCAGGUACACUCCAUCUGCACUGACGAAACGGGUAUCGAGCGCCUUAAGAAUCAGACACCUACUUGGGAAAAAGUCAGCAGCUGGGAAGCGAUGAAACUGGCUUUUGGUGGUAAUUUCUCCCUGAGCUGGUUCAAUCCUUUUUCAGGCCUGAGUUGCAAAAAGGCUCCACCAUCUGGGGUGGCAGCAGUCACUCCACCUGAAAUAGUGACCGAAGAGGCUUUUGAGCAAUUCUUGGAACAAGAGGUUGCUGUCCAAGUGUUAAAUGAAUAAGCAAAAUGCUCUCCAAAAUGACAACAAAGGCUCUCUGUUUUUAUGAAAUGUUCGCACCCCAGAUUUAGCUUUAAGGGACCAUGGUGCAGAAAACAUCUGGACAUAUUUGUCCAGAAGUCAGGUGCAGUACUAGUAGAAGCAAUGCAAAUCUCUCCUGACUGCCCAACCAAUGAUGUAAAACGUAUAAGCUCCAUUUCCACCACUGGAAAGCUUUUAUUAAGCAAAGAGCAACUACCCAGCUUUGCACAGUUCCUAAUUGUUUGUUCAAGGAGUAACUCCUUUUUUGGCUCACUAGGUGCUGAUGCUGCCUUUAACCCAGGAAGUUCCCAGUUCAGAUUUCAGCUGUCUUAAAGUUCAGGGCAGAUCCACAGAUGGGCAAAUUCAUCCUGGUGUAACUCCAUUGACAUCACUGGACUUGUGCUGGGGAUAAAUUUAGCCCAGAGUAACUCCAGCUACUGCCUGAGAUUCUUCUAUUUGAAGGCCUGAUCCAAUGCUCAUUCAAGUCAACAGGAGCCAUUCCACUGACUUCUAUGGGCUUUGAAUCAGGCCCUAAGUGUGAUGGUGACUGACUCACUGGCAGACGUAACAGAUGAAUCUGGUAUAUUGCUACUGUUUAGUAAACAUAACAGAUGAAUACGUGAAUCUUGGCAGCACGGUAAAUCUGCCAGAUCAAGUCCUUAUCAGUGUGUCAUGAAAUUCUAUUUGCUGUUAAUAGCAUGAUUGUUUUUAAGAAGGAAACCUGCUUAGUUACAGUAGCUUCCAUUAAAGAGUGUGUCUGACAUGCUAUAAUAUUGCCUUAAAUGUCAAUAUCUUAAAAUAUUCAGCUGUCAAUUCUUGGUUAGAAGUGGACUUUUUAAAGGUGACCACUAUUGAAUAUUUUAGAUAGUUACACAUUUAUAGUUAGUAAAUGUUUACAUGAGAAUACACUAGAUAUAAAAGUUUUAUUACCAUGGGUUGGAAAGGUUACACAGCUCAUGAGUGGCAAAGUCAUAAAUGAGUUAUAUGAGUCAUCCUAAAAGGAGGCCAAUACAAUCUUUUAUAUCAAACGACAUUGUCCUACACAGAUUCUAUAUUGCAAAUGAAUAUGAAUGAAGAAAAGUUUAUUUUAGGAAUAUUUUAGCUUUUUUUUAAUAGUCUUUUUCGGUCAUCUUUUCCUUGUAAAAAUAGAUACCUUAGCUACCAUCAAUUUAAUUCUAUAGAACCCAAGGAAGCUAUAGUUUGGCCCUGCCACUGGCUUGUCAGAUGACCUUGGGCAAGCUGCUUCCUCUCUGUGCCUCAGUUUCUCUAACACAGGGAUAAUGAAACCUACCUCCUCUCUGAAGUGCAUAGAACUCUAUGGAUGAAAGGCAUUAUGAUGUAAGAGGUAGGUGAUGAUUUUAUUUAUUAAAGAGGUUCCAGAUGGAACCUGUACCAACCAGCCUCAUUUGAAAAAUGUUCAGAAUUUAAAAUAAAACAAAACCCCACAGCCUUAGAGUGUAAUGACUUGACACACAUGAGUACUGAAAAGAGACUCUUUGUUCCAGUCCUCUGCCAUGGGUGAGGGUCACAAUAAAUAAAUCCCCUUAUGAUCUGAUGUGGGUUAGUAUGCACUGACUCUGGCAGCGGCUACAAGCAGUUUGUUGAAAAACAGGAAAACUUUUUGAGCAAACAUUUCAGAAAAAUUGUGCGACCCCCCCCCCCCUUUUUUUUUAAAUUGAGAAAAUCUGAAACUUUUCUAGGUGCUCUAGUCAACAGGAAUUAAGAAUCAGGUUUGUUCCUAUAUCUACAGCUUAGUUUAAAAGAAAACCUGCCCUUCUGUAUACUAAGCUGUUGUUCUGUCAUCAGAAACAAACAGAACAUCUCUUCUGUAAACUGCUCAGGAUGUAGUUGUAUCUGACUAUAGUAAAGUGAGCAACUGUCACUCUUCUGCACCCAAAGUGCACUUUUAUCUAACAGUGUUUCAAAGCAAGAGGGCGAAGAGGAACACUUAAGAAACUACAUGGGGGAGUUAGUAUGGGGGGGGGGAAGGGAACAUUUAAGGAGGGAAAAUAAGACUGGACCUUUUAACUCGUGUAUUCUAGUUCUGUCUUGGUGUUUGGCCUGAGGUAAGUCAUUUAACCUCUCAGCCUUAGACCAUGUCCACACUUACAAGCUUACAGCAGCACAACCGUACUGAUAUAGCCGUGCUGCUGUAAGAGCGCUGGUGUAGCUGCUCUAUGCUGACGGAAGAGAGCUCUCCUGUCAACAUAAAAGCUAUGUCGAUGGGUGAGUGUCUCCCGCUGACAUAGUGCUGUUCAUAUCAGCACUUAUGCCGGCCAAAUUUAUAUUACUCGGAGGUGUUUUUUUUCACACUCCUGAGUGACAAAAGUUUUGCUGACAUAAGUGCUAGUGUAGACAUGGCCUUAGUUGCCCUAGCUGUAAAAAGGCCGGAGCAACACUGGAUUAUGUGAGGACUAAUUAAUGUUUGCAAUGUAAAUUACUUUGAAAUGCUAUAUCAGGGCUAAUUAUUAGAAUGGGAAAUAGUAUCUGUUUUGCUUGGGGAAAAAUAGGAACAACUGGCACACACGUGUUACAUAUUUGCUGAAAUAAAAUGAUGGCAGGGACUGUACAUUAAUUAUUUGUUAAAAUACAUUUUUUUGGAUAAGCCUCUGACUGUUCUGAUACAAGCCAUUCAGCUUUUUUGAAGUCAGAGUGGGUAUCAUAUAAAAACAGGCUGUCGUAUUAGAUUUCCGCUACUGUUUCUGACCUGCCUGAGAAUACCAGGGAAAAGUAGAAUGUCCGUUGACUUCAGUGGAGCUAGGAUUUCACCAUGUGAGGGAGACUUAUUUGUUUGUUGCGUUCCGAUGGCGCCGCUGCUUCUUGGACAUGAGCACAAUCACAGCUUCUUUGGGAGUGGUGACCAUUGGAAGGGGAUAUAUUCCCCCUCUCCUUUUUUUAUUUUUACCUGUUCCUGCUCAACGUGACUGCAGGACUCAUGUAUUUUACUAGAGCUGUCAAGCAAUUAAAAAAAAUUAAUCACAAUCAUGUGAUUAAUGGCACAGUUAAUAAUAAAAUACCAUUUAUUUAAAUUUUUUGAUGUUUUCUACAUUUUCAAAUAUAUUUAUUUCAAUUACAACCCAGAACACAAAGUGUACAGUGCUCACUUUAUAUUUACUUUUGAUUACAAAUAUUUGCAUUGUAAAAAACAAAAGAAAUAGUAUUUUUCAAUUCACCUAAUACAAGUACAUGAUAAUCUCUUUAUCAUGAAAGUUGAACUUACAAAUGUAGAAUUAUGUACAAAAAAAACCCUGCAUGUUUUAUUUUUGAAAUCUAAAAAUUUUAGAGCCUACAAGUCCAAUCAGUUCUACUUCUUCUUCAGCCAAUUGCUAAGACAAACCAGUUUGAUUACAUUUGGAGGAGAUAAUGCUGCCAGCUUGUUAUUUACAAUGUCACCUGAAAGUGAGAACAGGCGUUUGCCUGACACUGUUGUAGCCAGUGUUGCAAGAUAUUUGUGCGCCAGAUGCGCUAAAGAUUCGUAUGUCCCUUCAUGCUUCAACCAGAAUUCCAGGGGACAUGUGUCAAUGCUGAUGACGGGUUCUCCUCGAUAACAAUCCAGAGCAGACCGACACGCGUUCAUUUUCACUAUCUGAGUCAGAUGCCACCAACAGAAGGUUGAUUUUCUUUUUUGGUGGUUCGGGUUCUGUAGUUUCUACAUCGGAGUGUUGCUCUUUUAAGACUUCUGAAAGCAAGCUCCACACCUUGUCCCUCUCAGAUUUUGGACCGCACUUCAGAUUCUUAAACCUUGGGUCGAGUGCUGUAGCUAUCUUUAGAAAUCUCAAAUUGGUACCUUCUUUGUGUUUUGUGAAAUCUGCAGUGAAAGUGUUCUUAAAACAAACAUGUGCUGGGUCAUCAUCCAAGACUGCUAUAACAUGAAAUAUAUGGCAGAAUGCAGGUAAAACCGAGCAGGAAACAUACAAUUCUCCCGCAAGGACUUUAGUCACAAAUUUAAUUCACGCAUUAUUUUUUAACGAGUGUCAUCAGCAUGUCCUCUGGAAUGGUGGCCAAAGCAUGAAGGGGCAUACAAAUGUUUAGCAUAUCUGGAACGUAAAUACCUUGCAAUGCCGGCUACAAAAGUGCAAUAGGAACGUCUGUUCUCAUUUUCAGGUGACAUUGUAAAUAAGUGGGCAGCGUUAUCUCCCAGUAAAUGUAAACAAACUUGUCUUAGUGACUGGCUGAAUGAGAAGUAGGACUGCGUGGGUUUGUAGGUGUUAAAGUUGUACAUUGUUUUGUUUUUUUGAGUGCAGUUAUGUAGCAAAAAAAAAAAUCUACAUUUGUAAAUUGCACUUUCACUAUAAAGAGACUGCACUAUGGUACUUGUAUGCGGUUAAUUUAAAAAUACUAUUUCUUUUGUUUAUCAUUUUUAUAGUGCAAAUAUUUGUAAUAAAAAUACUAUAAAGUGAGCAGUGUACACUUUGUAUUCUGUGUUGUAACUGAAAUCAAUAUAUUUGAAAAUGUAGAAAAAGACCCCAAAUAUUUAAUAAACAGAAUACCAAUUGAAAUUUAACUGUGCGAUUACAACUGUGAUUAAUUUUUUUUUAAUUGCAAUUAAUUUGAGUUAAUUGCGUGAGUUAACUGCGAUUAAUCGACAGCCCUAAUUUUUACUUCUGUUUCCUCCUCCCCUUAUUAUUUUUAUGUGGUUGUGUCUGCUUCUGGGCCUACCUGAAACUAAGAAACAAAACGAAGAGGCGCACGAAAGCAAAUAACCCAAAUGGAAGGUGAUGUAAAUGUUUUCAAAGCCAGCUGAGAUUCUGUUGAAGAAGACCGCUAGCUAGUGAUAGAAUGUCUUCACGGAAUCUGUCUCCUACAAUGAAUAGGAAAGUCUUGUUUUGCCUCAGCCUGUACUUUUAUUAUCUGGCAAUCUGAGACAAAUUUUUGUUGUUGUUUUUACCAAAUUGUCCAGAAACACUCAUGGUUAACCAAAAAAACCACAGGCUCUUAUCAAUGUAACCCUUUUUUUCCCUUCCCCUUCCAAUGUGUAUUACCAUCCCUUGUCAAGUUGUGUCUUAACUUGGUGCCUGAUCCUUCAAACCUUACUGAGUAUAUUGACUGCUACUGAGAGUAGUCCCCUUAUAAUCUCCAGAUCUACUCUCCACAAGAAAGCACUAUGCCCCGUGGUAAGCAUGUGCAGGAUCUGUCCCUUAAAUUGUAAGGUCUUUGGAGUAGGGAUGUUGUCUUUUUUCCUCUGAAAAGCCCUACUGUAUAUUUACAGUGUUAUAAAAAUACUGAUUAGCCUAUGGUAGUGAUCUAUUCCACGAACAAUGUGUUUUUAAAUGAAUGAGUUAUACAGCUUUCUGUAUACUGAAUGAGUUAUACAGCUUUCUGGGUACAUGAAUGAGAAAAAAAUGUUAGAUCUUUCAGCACAAAUGUUUAAUAUAUUAGGGAUAGGGAUAAGACAGCAGGGUAAAGUACUCCUAUAUUUUAUAUACAUCUGUGGGUCUUGUUAAGCAGCUGUUCUAUGCAGUUAAGGAAUUUAUGUAUUUAAAAAUGUUCUGUUUUGCUAUUUGUAACUCCAUUUUGUGCCUUCAGUAGAUGUUAUACUUAUUAAAGAAUUAAUAUUUCCAUCCA